AUGCCUUCAAAGGUCGGGCAUUUUCACGACUGUUCCAUUCCAAAAGGAGACUUCCUUUUGGAAUACAGAGGUAAACUCAUACCAAAAGAAGAAUGUGAGCGGAGACACAGAGUUUAUCAUGACAGCCUGAAGGUGUUCAUGUUUGAAUUCAAGUUUGAUGGAAAACUCUGGUGUGUGGAUGCAUCUCAAGAAGAUGGGUCAUUAGGCAGACUUGUCAACGACAACCACAUCAGUCCAAGUGCUAAAAUGAAAAUAUUAAAUAUCAAUGGAAAGCCCCAUCUAUGCUUAUUUGCAAGCAGAGACAUAAGUCCAGGCGAAGAAAUAGACUAUAAUUAUGGUGACUCGGAUUGGCCCUGGAGAUGCAAGGCUGAGACCAGCCAGAUUGAGAAGACUGUGAGCUGCCUAAAGCCGCAACCAAACUGCAUUUCAAACAAUGAUCUGGACCUGAAACAUCCGGAGCCUGAAAGGGAUCUUGAUGAAGAAAUGCCUCAGCAAGGCUCAGAAGCCAUGCAUUCUUCUUCAGUGCAAGAUUCUGAAGAGACUGAGACCAGCCAGAUUGAGAAGACUGUGAGCUGCCUAAAGCCGCAACCAAACUGCAUUCCAAACAAUGAUCUGGACCUGAAACAUCCAGAGCCUGAAAGGUGUCACAGUCAUCGUCUGGUGUGCACAACAAUAUCAUCUUUGGACAAGUGCAUUCAGUGUGUGGGACCGGUUUCCUCCCUCAAGUGGCUUGGCUAUAAGUGCAAAGUUUGUUUAGGGGUCUGGCACAAAUCCUGCCUUGCAAAAUUGGCAAAUCAGAAUUGUCACCAGUCCAACACAGAAAGAAGAAAUUUCUGA